AUGCCAAUCGUUCUGUCCCUAAAACUCUUCAACCAGCUCAAGACCAAAAUGGCUUCCAGUGUUGACCUCAAUCUACCCAAUCUUUUUGGUGAUGUUCUUGAAGACAACGUUGUAUUUUGCAUUGAUACAUCUGGUAGCAUGCACAGCAGCUUACUGGUUAUUAAGUUACAUUUGCAAGAAACACUGUGCAAAAUGGCAGCUGACAAGAACAAGAAAUUUUUUAACAUUAUUGAAUUCAAUUCUAAGGUAACAGCCUGGGCUGACAAACUGAUCUGUAGUACUCGGGAAACCUCUGCACUUGCUAUGGAAUGGGUUAAACAGCUAAGUGCCCAAACAGGGACAAAUACUCUGGGGGCACUCCAAGCAGCAUUCAGCAGCCCACAUGUUGAUGCCAUCUAUCUAGUGACAGACAGUCUCCCUGAGCAGCAUCGGACCGAUAUUUUAGAUGAAGUAGUUUCCCUCAGUAACGGCCGACCUGUGCAUUGUAUAUGCAUAACGGACUCAGUUCCAGAAACGGCACUUACUGAUUUUUUGGAGGACCUUGCUGUAGAAACCUUUGGUUCUUUACAGAUUAUUCAGGUGUCAACCCAUGGUUAUGUGGAACGAGUGACCCCUGUUUAUGCUGCAAACCAUGGCCAAGAUAAAAUGUUGAUAACACCAUCUGGUGGCCGAUACACUCCACAAAAAUCAUGUAGCCUGACCAGCACCUUGCAAGUGGACCCUGAUUAUUGGAAAAGUUAUCGUUAUCUAGGUCAUCCUUACUUUCACCCUCCAUUUCAUAACUAUCCUAUCUGGCCCUACUAUCCAUUUUGCUGGCCCAACCGUUAUCUGUAUGGUUCAAAAGCAUGGAGUCGCUUCUAUCCAGCCAGGUCAUUUCUAAAAGACCAGCAGAAUGAAAUUGAAGCCAUCCUGACGCCCGGUGCUGGUUCCCUAUUGAUUGGGAAGAAAGUUCUCGCACGAAGACAUGAAGAUGGAUUCUUUUAUCUUGGAUCAGUUCAAAGUCAGAUUCUCUUGAAUCAAUUCCUGGUGGCAUUUGGCCCUUGUAAACAUGGUGAUUUCUUGGAUACAUCGUACCAAGAAACUGAUGUAUUUGACAUCAUUGACUACAAUGAAGCAGCCCGGCACUCGAUUCUCACAGGGGACUAUGUAUUGGCUCCCUGGGAGCCUGAAGGAGAAAAGUUCCGACCAGGAAAAGUCAUUCAUGGUCAGGAGACCCGACAUUCUGAACCAAGGUCAAAAGACUCCAAACUUACAAUCUCUUUUGACAAUGGCAUUGUUGCUAAUAUUAAUCCUGAUAUUGUGGUGUGGAUACCCAAAGAGUUUUAUAAUCGAGUGAAGAUGGAACUGCAAAUGCCCCUAUCUGCUCGACGGUACAUUCAGAGUCAAGAUGGAUACCCCAGAGUAACAAAACCUGGCUACCCUUCUUCAGGACCUCAACCCAAACCAAAAGAUUACUACUGCAUCAAUCCACUUUCUUUGCGACAACCAAGCUUUACCCUCCUGAAUGGGGGACUGCUUCCUUACCCUCAAUCCAGUAAAUAUGGUCCUUUUAGAGAGACCAUGUUACAAGUGCCUCUAGAAUUGCGUGACAAACCCAAAUACCCAGAUCCAGCUGAGUGGUCAUCUUCUACAUUUGACUAUGUGGACAGAUUUGCCAAGCACAGACAUCAAGAUUCUGUAAAGGAACUUUUGAAAACUCCCAAACCUCCAGACACCCCACCACCCACAAACAGGCAACUGCGCCGUGAAACCCAGAUACCACAACAUAUUACAGAUGAAGAGAAAGCCAUUUCGCGCCAACAGUCAAGGAGACAAGCUGUUCUCGCUCGAGAAUUGGCAUGGAAACAGAAAACGGAAAAGGCAGAACAGCUCCAAAAGGUCAAAGAGAAAUCACAACGUGAGAAGGUUUUGAAGCGUAUAAUGGAAGCAAACCAUUUAUUUCAGGAAGAACAACGCCAAAUCCAAGCCACAUGUGAUGCCAAGAAACAAAUCAAUGCAGAAAUUCAACAUGCAAUCGGAACCAAGCGCCAGUUUGAAUGGCAGCGUCAAGAUCAGCGGUUAAAGGCCAGGCAAAUCCAGAGAGAGAACCGUGACAAAGAGCAUGCCAUCAAAUAUUUUAAAGAACAAGAGGAUGAAGCCACAAAAAAGAAACUGCAAUUUGAUCGAAGCCAGCGUCAUUGGGCAGAGUGCUCCCCUUUUCUUUUAUUGCUCCCUUUCUCUUUUGGUACACUUCUCUUUUGGUAUCCCUCUUCUUUUUUGAUCCUCUUCUUCACUUUUGGAACUCCUCUUUUUGUACUCUUCUUUUUGUACUCGUCUUUUGGUGCACUUCUCUUUUGGUAUCCCUCUUCUUUUUUGAUCCUCUUCUUCACUUUUGGUACUCCCCUUUUUGUACUCUUCUUUUUGUACUCGUCUUUUGGCAAACUUCUCUUUUGGUAUCCCUCUUCUUUUUUGAUCCUCUUCUUCACUUUUGGUACUCCUCUUUUUGUACUCUUCUUUUUGUACUCGUCUUUUGGUGCACUUCUCUUUUGGUAUCCCUCUUCUUUUUUGAUCCUCUUCUUCACUUUUGGUACUCCCCUUUUUGUACUCUUCUUUUUGUACUCGUCUUUUGGUGCACUUCUCUUUUGGUAUCCCUCUUCUUUUUUGAUCCUCUUCUUCACUUUUGGAACUCCUCUUUUUGUACUCUUCUUUUUGUACUUGUCUUUUGGUGAACUUCUCUUUUGGUAUCCCCUUCUUUUGUGA